UGGUAUCGAUUGGAUCCUAUAGAGGAGCAAGAAGUGCGUGCGCUAUCUUUGUUAAACACAUUAUAACCUCUAUGCUUAUGUCAAUUGAGUAGCUUGUAAAUAUAGUUGCUGUUUUCAUUCAAAUCGGAAAAAUGGAAACUAUAUUAGAGCAACAACGGCGGUAUCACGAAGAAAGAGAAAGAUUAAUGGAUGCGAUGGUGAAAGAAAUGCUCUACAAAAAAGCAGGACACAGGGAGAGCAUAAAUUCGGAACAUCGACUAAAAAUGUUGCUUGAUCAGUACAUGGACAGUACUUUGCAUUUGCAAGAUUUAUACGAGGAUAAAGAUGGACAAAGGAAAGAAGAAGUACAAGCCCUCUCAGGACCUAAUGAAUUCUCGGAGUUUUAUUCUCGCUUGAAAUCCAUAAAAGAAUUCUACCGACGACAUCCAAAUGAAAUAAGUAUUCCAAUGUCUGUGGAAUUCGAGGAACUGGCUAAAAUGAGGGAAAAUCCCACAGAAGAACUUUCUAAUCUUGUUGAAUUUACCGAUGAAGAGGGUUAUGGAAAGUACCUCGAUCUUCAUGAAUGUUAUGAAAAGUAUAUUAAUCUUAAGGGAAUAGAGAAAAUAGACUAUAUUACGUAUUUAUCAACUUUUGAUCAUUUGUUUGAUAUACCUAGAGAAAGGAAAAAUGCUGAAUAUCAGCGAUAUGUAGAGUCUUUAUUGGAAUAUUUAACAGAGUAUUUAAAUAGGGUUAGACCUCUGCUUGACUUGAAUGCUGAGCUACAAGAAGCAAAUAAGGAGUUUGAAACACAGUGGGAAAAUAGUACAUUUCCAGGAUGGCCAAAAGAAACAGGCAGUGCUCUGACUCAUGUAGGAGCACAUUUAGAACUUUCUGCUUUUUCUUCCUGGGAAGAGCUUGCGUCUCUUGGUUUGGAUAGGUUAAAGUCAGCUUUAAUGGCUUUGGGUUUAAAGUGUGGUGGUACGCUUGAGGAAAGAGCUCAGAGACUUUUUAGUACCAAAGGAGAAGCCUCUUUGGAUCCAAAUCUGUUAGCUAAAAAUAAUAGAAACAGAAAAUCUGGGAAAGGAAGAAAUUCUGAAAAGCAAAAAGAGAUAGCAUGCUUUGAAGCUCAGGCCUACAGACUGUCAGAAUUAGUUUCUAGCCAACGAGUAGCUACAAAAGAAAAUGUUCAAAGAAAACAAGCUAGAACAGAAGGUGAAAGAGGAGAUUCUGAUGCAGAAGCUAGUGCCAGCGAAUCAGAGGAAGAAGAUGAUAACGAAGUUCCGUAUAAUCCUAAAAAUCUUCCACUGGGAUGGGAUGGUAAACCUAUACCGUAUUGGUUGUAUAAAUUGCACGGUUUGAAUAUAAGUUAUAAUUGUGAAAUAUGUGGAAACUUCACGUACAAAGGACCAAAGGCUUUUCAAAGACACUUUGCUGAAUGGCGACACGCGCAUGGUAUGCGAUGCCUUGGUAUUCCAAACACUGCGCAUUUUGCAAAUGUAACGCAGAUAGAAGAUGCAUUAGCUUUAUGGGAAAAGCUUAAAGCUCAGAAACAAGCAGAACGUUGGCAACCAGAACAGGAGGAAGAAUUCGAAGAUUCCCUUGGAAAUGUAGUUAAUCGCAAAACAUACGAGGACUUAAAACGACAAGGUCUUUUGUAA